AAGGUAACCAAGGGGCGUUGGCAUGGUGACCAGGGGUAUGACAUUAAUCACGGUGCAUGUGGUCUGCGUGCUGUCUCGAUGAUGAUGAUCAGAUAUGAGAUGGAGGGUUUUUUUAUAUCAAUACAAGCCAGUGACGUCAUUCUGCUUCCUGCCCGCGCGGGAAGUCGCUGAGGCGGAGAGAACAUAAUCUGCUGAUCAGCAGCCUGUUUUUCUCCUCAGUAUCCCAACUCUGCAUCCAUCCUUCCGCGAUGCUCCAAUCGGACUGGGUCGCCGUCAGAGGAGUGUCUGCCGGGAGUCAGUAAACAUCGGUGCUCGUCUCCCUUCCGUCAUGGUGCAAAAGUCGCGGAACGGCGGAGUGUUUCCAGGAGCCCAGGCCGACCAGAAGAAGCUGAAGGUCGGUUUCGUGGGUCUGGAGGCCGGGGGGACCGAGUCCAGCAGGGAUGGAGCUCUUCUCAUUGCAGCUGAUGAAGGUCCUCGCCGGCAGCGCAGUAGCGUCUCAGGAGGCAGGAAGCCCCCCAAAAGAAACGCCCUUUACAGGCGGCUUCAGAACUUUCUGUACAACGUGCUGGAGAGACCGCGAGGAUGGGCCUUCAUCUAUCACGCCUACGUGUUCCUCUUGGUCCUCUCCUGUCUGGUUCUGUCCGUCUUCUCCACCAUCCGAGAAUACGAGAAGAGCUCAGAGGACGCUCUCUACAUCCUGGAAGUGGUGACCAUCGUGGUGUUCGGGGUUGAGUACAUGGUUCGCAUCUGGGCUGCCGGGUGCUGCUGUCGCUACAGAGGCUGGAGAGGUCGACUAAAGUUUGCCCGGAAACCGUUCUGUGUCAUUGACAUCAUGGUGUUGAUUGCGUCCAUAUCGGUGCUGGCCGCGGGGACGCAGGGAAACGUCUUUGCCACCUCAGCUAUCCGCUCGCUGCGUUUUCUUCAGAUUCUCAGAAUGAUCCGAAUGGACCGACGGGGAGGAACCUGGAAGCUGCUGGGUUCCGUGGUGUAUGCCCACAGCAAGGAGCUGAUCACUGCCUGGUACAUCGGCUUUCUGUGUCUCAUUCUGGCGAGUUUCCUGGUUUAUUUGGCAGAGAAAGAAGAUAAUGAGCAGUUUGAGACCUACGCAGACGCCCUCUGGUGGGGAUUGAUUACUUUGACAACUAUCGGUUAUGGAGACAAGUUCCCGAUCACCUGGAACGGACGCCUGCUGGCAGCAACUUUCACUCUCAUUGGAGUGUCCUUCUUUGCCCUUCCAGCUGGCAUCCUGGGUUCUGGUUUUGCUCUAAAGGUUCAGGAGCAGCACAGACAGAAACACUUUGAGAAGAGACGUAACCCAGCAGCUGGACUCAUUCAGGCGGCGUGGAGGGUGUACGCCACAAAUUUGAGUCGCUCCGAUCUGACGUCAACGUGGGACUAUUACGAGAGGACCGUGUCCGUCCCCAUGUACAGGUUAAUUCCUCCCCUCAAUCAGCUGGACCUUCUGAGGAACCUGAAGAACAAGUCAGGACUUUCAUUCAGGAAGGACAUCCAACCAGAACAGUCUCCUAGUCAGAAGGUAAGUCUGAAGGAGAGGGUCUUCUCAUCCCCACGCAGUUCAGGAACCAAAGGAAAAAAUUCUCCACAAAACGUGGUUGGACCAGGAGUUGCUCCUGGAGUUCCUGGUGUCCCUGGGGGUGUUCAGGCCUUACGACGAUCCCCCAGCAUAGAUCCCAGUCUGGAGGACAGUCCCAGUAAGGUCCCUAAGAGCUGGAGCUUUGGAGAACGCAGCAGAACCAGACAGGCCUUCAGGAUCCGAGGAGCCGCUUCCCGUCAGAACUCGGAAGUUCUCAUAGAGAUGCAGGAUGAAGAGUUCAGACAGAAGAGCUCACCAGACGCCAGUCUACCAGGAGAAGACUUGGCCGACGACAACAAGAGCUGCCACUGUGAGUUUGUCUCGCAGGACCUGACGCCAGGCAUAAAGGUCACCAUCAGAGCCAUCUGUAUCAUGCGCUUUAUGGUGUCCAAGAGGAAGUUUAAAGAGAGUCUUCGUCCCUAUGACGUCAUGGAUGUAAUUGAGCAGUAUUCCGCGGGACACCUGGACAUGCUAGCACGCAUCAAGAACCUUCAGUCCAGAGUGGACCAGAUCGUGGGCAGAGGAACACCAAUUGCAGAAAAGGACCGACCCAAAGCAGCAGGCGAAGAACUACCCGAGGACCCAAGCAUGAUGGGACGACUGGGGAAGGUGGAGAAGCAGGUCCUGUCCAUGGAGCGAAAGCUGGACUUCUUGGUCAACAUCUACAUUCAGCGAAUGGGAAUCCCUCAGGCAGAGACAGACGCCUACUUUGGAUCAAAGGAGCCUGAACCGGCACCGCCCUACCACAGUCCAGUGGAGCAGCUUGAGAAGAGCCAGUCCAGUCACAAGAUCCUCCAGGUGUUGCCAGGCGACAGUAUGGACAAAAGUCAUUUUGGGACAAAGAUCGUCCGCUCCAGCAGUUCUAUGGGACACAGGAACUACAACACUGCCACCUGCACCCCCUCCACCUCAUGGCAGCCAAUCAGCUCCCACCUUCACCAGCAGGCCUCUCACUCUCCUCAACGCAGCCAUGGCAACACACCAAGCCCGACAGGGGACACUUCGCUAGUUCGACUUCCGCCGCCUCCAGCAGGAGAACGACACGGCGGGAACCGUUCCCACCGCCACAACGCUGCAGAGCGCGGAGCGGCUGAGAGGUCCGAGAGAGGGGCCGAGUGUGCCGAUGGAGAAGGUAGACAAGAGGAGGACAAGUUGGACAGCGACGCCUCUGCAUCCAUUCCGUCCGUAGACCACGACGAGCUGGAACACUCCUUUAGCGGCUUCUCCAUUUCGCAGUCCAGAGAGAACCUGGACUUCCUCAACAACGGCUUCUACUCUGCUGCCACUAACCAGGUGGACCAUCGUGGGGUGGGCGGGGCUUCAUGCUGCCCCACCAUUCGACCAUACAUCGCACAGGCUGAGUCGGACUCAGACUCUGAGCUCUGUGCCCCGUCGCCACACUCAGAUCAGGCCUGGACCGGAAACAAAUAGGGUAGUGUAAAGUGGGAAGAACCAGCAAAACUGUAAUAACAACAAUAAUAAUACUAAUAAUAGAAGAAAUGUGAAUUACUAAAACACCAGCUGGCGUAAGUGAGGCAAAAACGCACAGCUGGUUUCAUAUCAAGUACACUAUAUUGCCAAAAGUAUUUGGCCAACCAUCCAAAUGAUCCGAAUCAGGUGUCCUAAUCACUUAGCCCAGCCACAGGUGUAUAAAAUCAAGCACUUUGGCAUGGAGACUCUUUCUACAAACAUUUGUGAAAGAAUGGGCCGCUCUCGAGAGCUCGGUAAUUUCCAGUCUGUAACUGUCAUAGGAUGCCAUCUAUGCAACAAAUUAAGUCAUGAAAUUUGUUCGCUUCUAAAUAUUCCAAAGUUAACUGUCGGAUUUAUUAUAAGAAAAUGGAAGAGUUUGGGAACAACAGCAAUUCAACCACAAAGUGGUAGGCCAUGUAAACUGACAGAGAGGGGUCAGCGGAUGCUGAAGCGCAUCAGUUGCAACAGAGCUCCAAACUUCAUGUGACCUUCCAAUUAGCCCACGUACAGUACGCAGAGAGCUUCAUGGAAUGGGUUUCAAUGGCUGAGCAGGUGCUUAUAAACCAUACAUCACCAAGUCAAAUGCAAAGUGUGGGCUGCAGCGGCGUAAAGCACGUCACCACUGGACUCUAGAGCAGUGAUGAAUCAUGGUUUUCCAUCUGGCAAUCUCAUGGACGAGUCUGGGUUUGGAGGUUGCCUGGAGAACGGUACGUUUCCGGUCUGCAUUGUGCCAAGGGGGAAAUUUGGUGGAGGAGGAAUUGUAGUGUGGGGUUGUUUUUCAGGAGACCAGUUUGGCCCCUUCCAGUGAAACGAACUUUGAAUGCUCCAGGAUAGGAUCAGGGUGGCACUUCAAAUUCAUAUGUGAGUCAAGGCAGGUGACCAAAUACAUUUGGCAAUAUAGUGUAUGGUCUUACUUACAGGAAGAUUGCGCUGACAGCUGGAUACACUCACUCCUGAUUAAUUCACAGCAGGGAUACACUCACUCCUGAUAGGUUGAACGUUGUCUCCACAUGAAAUACACUUUGUGUAAUUAUCAACACACCACAUAGCUGCUACACGUAUUGUCACACAAAGACGAGCUUAUCACCAUUGAAACUGUGUCGGUGUCAUGUCACACGGGCCUGAAGGUGGCGCCAAUACACAACAAACUUACCUAAACAUUUUAAAAACCGUGUUAGAAGCUUUUUCAAAUCAGUCUAACCUUUUGCCGAUGUCGCGGAUCCGCAGCACUAAAAUGAACUAAAAUCAAUUCUUAAAGCUAUUAUAAUCUCAUAUUAUGCUAAUUUAGCAUGGCUUUAUAUAUUCAAGAGUGGCACUAAUGCUAACAAGUUCCACACCCUAACUCCAAAUGUUAUAUAUUGACAAGUACUUAUUGCAAAAUGGAGAAAUGUUUUAAAAAGCUAACGCUAACAAUAUUCGUGUAUGAGGUCACGUGAAACCAGCGCCUGACAAUACAACAUAGCAAUAUCCAUGGUAUUACGUCAUCAUAGUCCUAAUGAUAUACAGUACUUGUACAGGUUUUCCAAUCCAUGCAGCAUGUCAGCCAUUAAGUUCACUUGUACUACUUAGGAAUGGAAUUAGUCACCAGCACUGCACUUCAACACCUGGCCAGCAGGUGGCGUCGUCACGUCCAGUCAAUGUUAUUGUAGCAGUGUUUUAUUUACAGUGGCUUCCACGUGUGACCAAUUGUACUCACCUGUAUUCACAUUAAAAGUUGCAUUGUUUCUUC